CAAGCAGCCACUCAGGUUGUACUUUCGUGACUUUUACGCACCAAUGAAAAGUUAGCUACUUGGGGAGACAUACUCGAAAAGUCGUUCGUUCUCUUCUGCUCUUCGUUUACUGUCUCAGCCUGAGAAAUCUUGAGUGCCUGGUGGCAUUGUCUACUGAGAGGGUCGUCAUGGCAACAGACAUGGAACCCACGGUCACCACCAAACUUCUGCACCUCAUCUUCCUCUCCACCUUUUGGGGAAUGCAGAUAUGGGUCACAUUUAUUUCCAGCUUUGUGAUGGACAACCACCUCAACAGACACACAUUUGGAUUCAUUCAGAGCCGGCUGUUUCCAUUCUACCAUCACAUUGGUUCAGCCUGUGCCUUCUUCAAUCUGGCUAUAUUUGCCGUCUACCACCCGAGUGAUCUUCUGGAUGAAAAGGAAGCUUUCCAGAUCUUCAUAUUCUUUGUGUGCGUCACGGUGGCAGCCAUCAAUGCCCAGUGGUUUGGUCAGAUGACGUCUGAGAUCAUGGCAGACAUGCACCUCAUCGAGCAAGCCUGUGGACUGGGUCUGGACAUUGGCCUCUCGUCCAAUCGCGAGGCCUAUGCUAAGCUCUGCGAGACCGACCCCAAGUACAAGAGGCUGAGCAACCGCCUGUGGCUCUACCACCUAUUGUCAUCUCUGUGCAACCUGUGUUGCAUAGUUUGCAAUAGCUACAGUCUGUACUACCUGGCCGAAAACCUUUCCACUAUCUGAUUCCACAAGAACUGUGCCCCUGCCGAUGUGCUUUACUCUCCCACGAUGCAACGCAGCAUUCACGUGUCUAUGUAAGCAUCGACCCUUUCAGACACUCAGGUACCUCUGAUGCUUGCUAAGUGGAAUUGUUUUUGAUGUUUUUUUUUUUUAAAUGUAUAUUUACACAAGUAUAUUUAUAUAUAUUUUUUUUUUAUCUUAAAUGUAUCCUGGACAGUCUUUCCUGACAAUCCAGAUGGUUGUGGAAGUCUGCUGCAUGUUCUGUCAAUGAUGGUUUAAUGUUGAGUAACAUGACCAGCUGUAGCAGCUGCCCCCUCACUCUAACGAAAACAAAGGGAAUGUGUUUGUUGUUUGCUUGUCUUUGAUGACUCCAUGAUGAAACAUUCGUGAUUUUGAGAAUGUAUGACAUGCCAAGUGCCUUUGUGUGUUAGUUGCCCAUGCUAAUAUUCACCGUUCUCCUUUUUGAGUGGCAAGUGUUGUACCUUGACUGUUGUUCCAUAGACUUUUAACCUUUCACCUGGAUUGUUUGGUUGGUUGUACUCCACUGCCAUUCUUACAUGCCAAAUACACACCUCCCUCUCUCACUCACUCUCUCUCGCAUACACUCACACUCUCACACUCAUGCUCAAACUCUCCCUCUCUCUGACACACAACUAGUGAACUCCCCUUUUUCAUGCAGGUGACUUUUGUCCUUCUCGUUAUGAUAUGUUAGUUUUUACUCCACUCUUUGAUAUGCAUUGGUUCUCCGACACAAACAGUCAGUGCAUGUAUACCACUCUCUUUGUCUCUAUGAGACGAGGUGCGUGAACCUCAGCCCGCUAUGCCGGUUUCCUUCUCUCUCUCUCUCUCCCUCCCUGUGGAAUGCCACUGUGCCUGUUAUGCUGGUGGCACCAAGGAGAUCCUCACUCUAGCCUUGGGGCGUCAAUACUUGUCUUGUAUUGAAAAUUGUUUCAAGCCAGACGGAGGCUCCCCCCCCCCCAGCAACUUGUUAUGACCCACCCUGUGGACAUUUGUGACUGUGGUCAGUGACCGAGACUGGUGGUAUGAGCAUUUGUGAGGUGUGGGUUUUCUCCACAAACCUUUUGUGAUGUUACAUAAUUAGCAGUCAGUGUAAAAAACACUUCCAUUGACUGCACCAACUGCAUAAAUGCGUCAUUUUACCACUGCAUGCAUGUGUCUCUAUGCAAGGUUUUUUUUUUAUCAUUGUUAUAGUUUUUUAUUGAUUUUUAUUUUGUCAAAUAAAUUCCCCAAACCGGGAUCCACCCAGGAAGGUUUUUAUUUUUUUUACUGUUUACAGCAUGUCAUGUAGUACCGGGCCUCUUUGCUCCAAGGUCAGACAGACAAAAUGGCAGUUGAUCUAAGCCUGAUGAAUUAGUGUGGACUUCUGAUUUAGCCUAUAUAUGUAGUAGGGGGUUUUUUUGUAUGCUGUCUUUCUGUUUGUAUGUAGUCUUUAUGUUGAACUUCCUUUUGUGGUCAGUUGUCCAUUCCUCUAGCAGUGUCAGAUGAGCCCAGUCUUGUCACUUCAACUUGAAAUACUGAACGAGGAGUUUAGACUAAAGCCUACCUUACACUGACAAGAUUUGGGAAAGAUUCUUAAAAGAUUGUAGUCUUUUGAGUAAAGCUAGAAUGAGGGGCAUUAGUUAAAAGACUACAAUCUUUCAAGAAUCUUUCCCAAAUCUUGUCAGUGUAAGGUAGGCUUUAGACGCACGGUAGCCUGCCAUGCAUGCACCCUCACGUUCAGGCUUCCCAGCCAAAUGAGAACAUGGAUUCUUGUACUUGAAUGUCAUUUUGUAUCAAGCGGUAGAAAUGAUUUGCUGGUACUGUACAGCAACAUGGAAAGGCAUAACUUCUACCUGGUCAGUGGCUUUAAGAGCUUUAACAACCAAAGAUUCAUUCAUUGAAUUAUUACACACGUCCAUGGAUAUGACUUGGCUAUCUUAACUUAAAUGUGGAUAUUUGAUAUUGAAUUGGUCUCAUUACUUUGUCUGAAUGUUCAAUUAUUCAUUAAAAUAUUAACCCAAAGGGCUCCCAUUUCAGUUAUCUUUACUGUUGAUGCAACUCCCACACAUGUUAAUAGUGCAAGGGGUUAAGGUUUGUUUAUAGAUGAUUAUGUGUUUGUCUGCAUUAUGUACUAAGUAUUUAUUUUGGAAUGUGAUGAUGUGAUUGGCUGUUGGGAGUCAAUGAGAUCACUGGAAGUGGUCAGAGAACACCUUCAAUUUUGUAAUCAAUUAAAUGAAUUGAUCACA